AUGCUCGAAGCACGCCUCUCCGAAGCCGCCAUCCUGAAGCGUCUCCUCGACGCCAUCAAAGAGCUCGUGGCCGAUGCCAACUUUGAAUGCAACGAAGAGGCGAUCACACUCCAGGCGAUGGACAACUCCCACGUCGCGCUCGUCGCCGUCAGACUCGAUGCCUCAGGCUUCAAACGCUACCGCUGCGACCGGCCGAUGCCGCUCGGCGUCAACCUCGUCUCCCUCACCAAGGUCCUGAAGUGCGCCAAGGACGACGACGUCGUCACGCUCAAGGCGGCCGACGACGCCGACAUCCUCAGCCUCACCUACGAGGCCCGCAACUCUGACAGAAUCGCCGAGUACGAGAUGAAGCUGAUGGACAUCGACUCGGACACGCUCGGUAUCCCGGAUACGGACUACGACGCGCGGGUGACGAUGCCCUCGCCCGAGUUCGCGCGCAUCGUGCGUGACCUCUCGCUGCUCGGUGAGUCCGUCCGCAUCGAGGUCUCCAAGGAGGGCGUGCGCUUCAUCAGCGACGGCGAGGCCGCCAAUGGCAACAUCCUCCUCCGCCAGACGGACUCUGCACCGUCCGGGCUUAAGAAGAAGGGCUCGUCCUCGAAGCGCGAUAAAGACGAUGAUGAAGAGGAGGAUGGUGAGGAGGAGGAGGACAAGGAGAAGGAAAAGGAUGAUGACGAGGAGAAGGAGGACGGCGAUGAGGACGAGGAGGGCGAGCCAAAGAAGAAGGUUAAGAAGGAGAAGGUAAAAAAUGAGGACGGGGACGUCGAAAUGAAUGGCGAGAACGACGAGGACGAGGGCGAGGAGGAAUUCCAGCCGAAGGAAGACAACGAAGCUGAGGACGAGGACGAGGAGGGCUCGGAAUCGGGUAAGAAGCGGAAGCGGGCGCCGGCCAAGAAGAGCAAGCCCUCGAAAAAGGCGAAGAAGGGCGACGACGACGGGGCGCCACCAGAGGGCGUGCGCAUCGAGAUGAACCAGACGGUGACGCUCACGUUUAGCUUGAAAUACCUAGUCAACUUUGCGAAGAGCACCUCGCUCUCGAACGUCGUCCAGCUCAUGAUGAGCAACGACGUGCCCUUGCUCGUGUCGUACGACUUUGGCCAGGGCUUCAUUCGAUACUACCUCGCACCCAAAAUUGGCGACGACUAG